CGCCAGUUCGUACCGCAUCAGAAGAUUCAGGAAAAAAGGAGACAUUGAGAGACUAAGAAAAAGGGGAUAUGGAGAAAGACGGACAGAUAGAAGUUGAGGAAGAGCCGUUGCGAGAACCGCCAGAUGAGGGAUUACAGGUACCUCCUAAAUCUUAUGCUGAAGCAGUGGGUGAUAAAGAGGAACUGGAUUGUAAAGUGCAUUUUGUUGCUGCUAUUGAACAUAAUGGUUGUAAAAUUGCAAAGAUGACGAAGGAUGAUACAAUGGAAGCAUCCACUUACUGGGAAACUGCAAUACCGAUGUGUAUCCUAGGUGCAAAUCCUCCCAUUGAGGUGGUUGAAGGUUUCGCUAAAAGGAUAUGGGAACAGGCAGAUAUUCUGGACAUUACUAUGCUCAAACCUGGGCAAUUUGUGGUUCAUUUUGGUAGAAUGGAAGUUACUGAGGAAAUAUUGAAGAAAAGCUACUAUUUCUUUGAUAACAAGCCAGUCAAUUCUGAUUGUAAAUCACUUCUCAAACCUCAUACCCCUUACUUUCAAAGCAAGGAUUCUAUUCUCUCGAUUAAAAACAAAGAAGUUCAUGAAGAAGCAAGGAAGAUGAAGGAGCCAAGAAGAAGAGGAUAUUAGCAAGAAAGGCUGAACUUGAAG